UUUUAUUUAUCUCUCUCUCAAUCAGCAGCUCCACUCGAACGAGUUUCCAUACCUCUAUCUCUAAUAUUAACUCUAUGAUAAAUAAGUACCAAAUAUACCAAAUAAUAUUUUACGACGAGAUUUCCCGAAAAUACAAUUAUUUUGUCAUCAUAGUUAUUUCAAAGUUGUGAAUUCUCUCAAGAUAUUUUUUAAAAUCAAAUGGUAAUGUUGGAGAGCAAAUGCCCCACUCUAUCCCAAAUAUCGGAGCUUCUUUCCCGCGUUUUUAUCUAAAAGUCCCGCUAAAACACAGUUGUUGACGUAUUGCCGCGUCGGUAUGUCUUUCACGGUGGUUGUACCUAGUUAACUUUUUCCUACUAAAUCGCCAAUUGCAAAACGAUAAUAGUUUUCAGAAUUAAAUACUUAAAAACAGUGAUAAAGUGUAGUGAAGUGAAAUUUUCAUCAUGUGUUGAAAGUUGUUGCAGUUUGUUUUAGCAACCACUUGCGACAGCGCGGACGGUCGGAAUCUCGAUUUUGUUUUCUGACGGUUUUUUAUUGUUUCAAAAAAAAGAAGAAUGUCUGCGAACAAGAACGGACUCAGAUUUUCGAGGAGUGUUCACGAAAAAUCGGAUAAUGACGUACAAGGGGCAGGCGGCGGCGGCGGCGGAACGAAUGGUACAUAUACCUACUAUGAUAAUCCGGCUCUUAAUGCUUCACUUGAUUCCCUCAAUUUUAAUGGAGACAGAAAUGAUUCAGCAUAUUUAGGAAGUAAUGACUUUAUUGUUUUAGAUAAUACGAAGAAAACAUCGACGGUGACAAAAUCAGUCAAAUCUGCUAUACCAUGGACUCGGAAACAGUUGAAAAAAACAUGUUCGAAGAAAAAACUUUACAAGAGGCUACCGUUUCUUACGUGGUUGCCAAAUUAUAACGCUGAAUGUGCUGUGGGUGAUUUGGUGGCUGGAAUUACCGUUGGUUUGACUGUGAUACCCCAAGCAUUAGCGUAUUCAAAUAUAGCAGGAUUGUCAACUGUCUAUGGUCUUUACAGCUCAUUUUUGGGACCAAUUGUAUAUAUAUUAUUAGGCAGCUGUAAAGAUGUUCCCGUAGGACCUUCGGCCAUAUCGGCGUUAAUGACGUAUCAAGCUAUUCAAGGUUUAGGACCGGAAUAUGCCAUAUUACUCACUUUUUUGACAGGUUUGGUACUACUAUUGAUGGGACUAUUAGGUUUAGGUUUUCUCAUAGAUUUCGUAUCAGGACCAGUUUCCUCUGGUUUUAUUUCUGCCGUCGCUCUAAUUAUCGUUACUUCUCAAGUGAAAGACGUGCUUGGCAUCAACGCGAGCGGUAGUACGUUCGUAGAAACGUGGAUAAGUAUUUUUAACGACAUUCACAAUACCCAGGGUUGGGACACCAUGUUGGGGAUAGUUUGUAUAGCAGUUCUCCUUAUAUUAAGGAUAAUCGGUACAAUGAAAAUUGGAAGUUCGCGGGAAGACGAAGCACCGAGCGCUUUCGAAAACUUUGUAAAUAAAUCUCUAUGGUUAAUAAGUACAGCUAGAAACGCCAUUCUAGUCAUAGUGUGCGGUUUCAUCGGGUAUAUAUUCUGUCUAAACGGGGAUCCGCCAUUUAAAGUGAUAGGACCCGUUCCUCAAGGACUACCAGCAUUAAAAUUACCUCCCUUUAGUUACUACAAAGAUAAUAAUGGAACAGUAACUAGUCACACGUUACCUGAAAUGAUCUCGACUAUGGGUAGCGCUAUAAUCGUGGUUCCAUUGAUACUUAUUUUGGAAAACAUAUCCGUCUGUAAGGCUUUCGGUAAUGGGAAAAUGAUUGAUGCCACACAAGAAUUCAUAGCGAUCGGUAUUUGCAACAUUGCCAAUUCGUUCGUACAAGCUUUCCCAUCUACUGGAUCUCUAUCUCGAAGCGCGGUAAAUAAUAACAGUGGCGUACGAACACCAUUAGGAGGACUCUACACCGGCAUUCUAGUUAUUCUGGCACUUUUCUUCUUCACUCCAUAUUUCUACUACAUACCAAAAGCUACCUUAGCAGGUAUCAUUAUUGCGGCUGUCAUUUUCAUGGUGGAAGUCAAAGUUGUCAAACCUAUGUGGCGAUCUAAAAAAAGUGAUUUAAUACUAGGAUUCGCAACUUUUAUUGCCUGUCUUGCUCUUGCUUUGGAAAUUGGAAUUUUAGUUGGAAUUGGAAUAAAUAUACUCUUCAUUUUAUAUCACGCGGCAAGACCAAAAAUUACUGUUGAAAAGUUGAGGUCGAGAGAUAACAACGAAUAUCUGAUGCUAACCCCAGACCGUUGUUUGAUCUUCCCUUCCGUAGACUAUGUGAGAAAUUUAGUCACUAAACACAGUCUACGUCAGGGGAUUCCUGUUAUCAUAGAUUGCUCCCAUAUAUACGGGGCUGAUUACACGGCAGCUACCGUAGUAGAAAUUUUAACCCAAGAUUUCGCAGCUAGAAACCAACCGUUGUUCUUCUUCAAUUUGAAACCGUCAGUUUGUGCUGUAUUCGAAGGGCUGGCGCCCAAGGACUUCGUCGUGUUUUAUAAUGAAGACCAAAUAGAUCAAUUGCUUAAAGAAAGAUCUUACGUUAAAAAAGAGGAGGUAUUGAAGGUUUGAUUUAUAAAUAAUGAUAAUUUAAUGUUAUUUUCUUGCAUAUUAUGUUUUUUUUUUCUUUUAAAUAUGGUGAUGUAUACCGCUACUUUGGUGACCAAAAGGAUCACUUAAUUUUGACUAUUGUUUUGAAAAAUGUAUUCAAUUAACUUAUUUUCUUGAUGUAGUUCAAAAAAAAUUAGUUUUAUCGUAUUUUUAUAGAGAAGAAUUCUAGAAAAACAUUUUUUCCCAGUUUUUUCUAGAAUCUAUUCAAAAUAAUGGUCGACUCAUUUUUUUUAAUUCUUGCUAAUAUGAUCUUGUUCUUCUUAUCUUAUUUUUGCUCAUUUUUUUUUUCAAAUUUUUUCUACAUAACGAUUUAUACAGGUUGUUUCAAAGAAAAGUUUAUAUUUUGUGAUUCAAUAAAACAAUUAUCAAAUUUCUUCUUCUUAUAUGCUCGGUCAAAAUCUUCUUAUUGUUUCUUCAAACAUUUGCUGUAUUUGUAAGAAUUUUCGAUUGCUUCUGUUCUUCUCCAACUCUCCAUUUAUAUAUUUACAUUUCUGUACUGAUUCUUCACUUCUAUCACUUGUCAUUCCACCUUUCACUUGCUGGAAAUGCUUCAUAUUCUUCUUCUUAUAUGGUCUGUCAAAAUCUCAUUGUUUCUAUCCUUCUCUAACUCUCCAUUUAUAUAUUUACAUUUCUGUACUGAUUCAUCACUUCUAUCACUUGUCAUUUCACCUUCCACUUGCUAAAAUGCUUCAUAUUCUUCUUCUUGUAUGAUCCGCCAGUAUCUUGUUAUUAUUUCUUCAGUUAUUUGCUGUAUUUGUAGGAAUUGAAUUGUUGGGAUUCUUUUACUAUAUUGAAUCUUCUAUAUAUUUCAAUUUGACCUUUCCUUUGGUUGUUAUACCUCAUUCUUCUUCUUGUAUGGUCCACCUGCACCUCCUAAUCAUUUCUUUUUCUAAAUAUAGCCAAAUCAGCUUAUAUUUUCCAUUUUAACUUAUUCUUAACUUCAAAUUUUCUUUCCUCGGUUGCAUUUUUGUUAUUACAAAUAUAAUCUUUUACUUUUAUGUCUGUUUUUUCUGGUUUCCUGUUUUGAGUACUGAAUUUAAACAAAGUUAUAAUAUUUCUCAAUUCCUUUCUUCUUCUAAGGGUACGUUAGUUCAGACUUUGUACCGAUACCAUUAAUUUCAGACAAUUUUGUUAUAUUUUAAGCUUCCACUGGUGAAACCCUUUUAUCGGGUCCAUUUGUGAAUACAUUUCUAUAUUUAACUCAAAUAUAUCCUUUGGGAAGAUUAUUUCUCCUUAUGAUGGCAUAUUAAAAUUAUUUGGAUCAUUUAACUAAGUUGGAAUAUUUGGUAAUGUACUGAACACACUAUUUACACUAUCACCCACCGUUUGGAUAACCAAGUUAAGAUAACUUGGUUAUCGAAACGCGCGUUAGACAGUGUACUUUUGAGUGUUGGUGUAGUGGUAGUGUGUUCAGUAUUUGGAUCAUUAUUCAACAGUUACCAAAAACUUUGAUACUGAGUAGGCAUAUUAAACAUUUUGAUCUGUCCAAACGUAGUAUUUCAGUAUUUCCUUGUUUAAUCAUAAGUCUUCCUAUUUGUUAACUGCCUUAUUUGUAUAUAUGUAUAUCUCGCUUGUUCUUUAAUCGAUCUAAUAGUAGUUCGAAAUGUUUGUACAUUUUUAAUUAAAGUGUGUAAAUUUGUGGAAAUUGUAUAAAUUUGCUUUGAUAUGUUAUAUAAAAGCUAUUCAUCGAUAAAAACUAAAAAUUUAAAAACAUUUUGUUGAAUUAUCGGUAGUUCUAGAUUGUUUUUAACUCUUCAUAAAGGUACGUAAUUGUUUUGUAUUAUUCAAUUCAUAAUUUUUCAUAAAUAUCUAUAUUUUAACCCCACUAUGGACAGGGAAAGUGAUAAUUCAUUUUUUUUUGUAGAGAUUACUGAUUUUUUUACUUUUGCUAAUUUUGACCUAACAAUAAUUGAUUUUUUUUAGUAAAAAUAUUCACAACGAAAAAUAGUACAAAUUAAAUAACCUCAUAUUUACAACUCGCUAUCUAUUUAUCGAUAUUUUUGGAAAAAGAAUUAUUAGAAAUUUAUAUUUUCACUUCCUAACCCAACUUUUCUAUAUACUCUAAAUAACUUUAAUUACAAUAGAUGUUAUACUUACUUUUAUACGUUCACGUAUUAUUAACUACUAAUUUUCAUAAACACGGUGAAACACAGUCACUUGUAUCAUUUUUUUAACUUUAAGAAACUUUCCCUUGUAAAUAAACUUUAAGGGGGCUUCCCACGCUACGAUAAAUCGUAACAAUGUAUAACCCUGUCAUAUGUCACUUAACCGUUAUCGACCCCAGAACUACUUUACGUAAAAUUUCUCAAUAAAUAUAAUUAAAAAUUCUCGAGUUCAUCUGCUUGCAUUUUUUGUCAUUGUUACAACAACAGUCUAAAUAACUUGGAUACAAGAUACAAGAUAAAUUGUAACAAUCUGAUCGUUACGAUAAAUUGCUUCAACUUAUCAUACCGUGUAAAAUUCCCUUAAACAAUCGGAAACAGUUUAUGUCUGAUUUUACCAUGGAACAAACCAGUGUUACCAUCUUGUUUUAUGACGUCACGCUUUCCUUGUCUAUUGUAUUAUUACAGUAUUAGGUGUUGCAUACUAUAGCGGUAAACAGUACAAUUAUUGGUCCUUUUAGAAACAACAUUAUAACACGAUUAGUUUGCUUUCACUGGCUGUCAAAGUAAUCGACGUAAUUGAUUCAAAUUCUGACGGGAGACAAAUGAUAGUUGACAGUUGAAAUUUUUAUUGAAAUACUUUUCACACAAAAUAAUAAAAAGUCAUCAAUUUGGUCAAAUCUAAAUUAUAUACGAGGUGAUCAAAAAAUAUAAUAGAAUCAAAAAUUAUCAAAAAAGCCUUGUAUACAAUUUGUAAUGCAUUAAUCAAUGCAAUGUUGUCAAAUGACCAAGAAUUGUUCUGUUCACCUAAUCCUAUGUAAGUUCCUUGAAAUAACGAUAAUAGUAAAUUAAUUUAAUAGUUUCAAAUAGUAUUUUUAGUUGAUUAUAAUUUUAAUAUAUUUAUAAUAAUGUAUUUUUAUUUUCUGUGAGAUUUAUUUAUUAACAUAUCUUUCAAUGUAUAGGUUACUUACCUCACUAUUAAACUUUUUGUAGUUAGACUGUGAUAUUAAAACAUUUUCGUCUAAAAA